AACAAUUAUAUCAAGAAAAUCGCCUCUCUCCAUUUGACUGAAUAAUCAGCCUCCGCCAUCAACAACCUGGAGAUACUACCUGCGAAGAAAAUGGAGAUCACCGAGCUUGUUAACAACAAGGAGCGCUACCGCCGCUUCUACUGCAGUUGGAAGACCUGCGAGAAGGGUUUCAACCGCAAGUCGGACCUCAUCAGACACUUCCGAAUUCAUACCAAUGAGCGGCCGUAUCCAUGCCCAGCACCGGGCUGCGAGAGGAGUUUCAUUCAAAGGAGUGCGUUGACUGUGCACCUCCGUACGCACACUGGAGAGAAGCCAUACGAGUGCCAGUAUCCUGGAUGCUACAAGCGAUUCGCCGAUUCUUCUAGUUUUUCGCGCCAUCGAAGGGUGCAUUUGGGCAAGCGUCCAUAUACAUGUGCCAUUGAAACCUGUCGGAAAAGUUUCUGUCGGAAGGUAGCUUUGAUCCAACAUCACAAGAUCUACCAUGACUCGACUUCUGGAGAGGAAUCCGACGCCUCUUCGACCUCAGAGGAACUUACGCACACCUCGAAACACGAAAGCCCCGUUACGAGUCCGAUUUCGAUGCCAGAGCAUGUUCAUAGUAAUACAACGAGCCCCACGCAAACGAUCGAGGAGCGUCGAUCCCCAAUUGAAUCCAUGCAUCACACGACGCAACAGUUCAACAAAUCGGAAGAGCUGUUCUACGAAAGCCAAGCGAGUGAGCAACUGGCAUUCCCGGCCAUUCAUGCAGAAUACGAGUACGAAGAGCCACAGGGCUUCUACCAGGACCCUCUUUACUCAAACUGCAAUGAGGAUGUCGUAUAUCAACGGCCGAGUCCUUCUUGGCACUUCUACCCGUCUCCCCAGUACUCAGCUUGCGGGUGCAACUCAAAUCCAGCAAAUAUACCCUGGAGUUCAGCGGGUAUAGUUGGCAACGCAGAGGUCGGUGACGAGACUGGAUUCCUGCUUGCGCAAGAUCACGCGCCCUCCAUGGCUGGAUUCCCUCCAACUAUUGUAUCACGCCAUGCCCAGCAUAUUCAGGAGGCGGAGUGGCCGAGAAGUCAGAUGUGGUACAAUGAUGGGAUGCAAAUGUCUCCCGAUUUUGGUCCGACCAGAAUGGCAGACUCUUACAGAUUUGAUUGAAACAUAUGCCUAAUAAGCCGCGAGUCGGUUGCGACUGAUUUCAGU